AUGCUGGCGAACAUGGACGGUCCGGAGACCGUCCGGCUGUUCGGCGGCAAAAAGAUCAUGCUUCAAAAGUGGCCCGGCAUGUUUGUGGCGGGCGAGAGCCUCGGCGAGUGCUUCUACCUCGCGCUUUCCAUCGACCGCGCCUGCCACGCGCAGCGCGCCCUCCUGCAGACCGGCAGGCCGUACCACUCCCCGACGGGGGAAGAGGUGGCGCGCUGGAGUCGCGCCUACGUGGACGACCCCUUUUAUGGGGGGUACGACGGAGAGCGCAUCUGGCCUUCGAUGGUGCGAAAGGUGGAGCGGCUGCAGCCCGACUUUGCUCUAUGA